UCAAGUCAGAAGUGGGCAGGCUUUUAAUAAUUGCCUUAUUGAACAAAAUGGGGCUUUCUAUAAUAACUUGCUCAAUUAUCCUUUUGUUGGUACUAGUGAGAUGUUGAAAAUUUGUUGCAAUGCAACGCAAUGUUAUCCUUCUGCAUCUUUAAACACUGGCUGUAAUUUGAAGGAUACUGGCUUUAUUU